CAUGGAGAGAAAUCCAGGGUAACGAGCUCGUCAACACACGGGUGCGGCGGAGGCAUUGCACGGCAGCAAACCCAGCAGCAGGGUGGAACGGAGAGUGGACCGGUGGCAGAUUCGUCUACAUGGGGUGAAGUGGUAUCAGCAGGGCAGAGGAACCUACCACAGGGUAUGGGCAUCGCUGAUCGAGAUCCGGCAGCUCGUUGCUCUCCAGAGCAUGCAGCUGUCACUGGCGUGACUGAUGGCAUCGUCGACUCUGCGAGAAGACUGCUCGCUACAAUGAGUUGUGAAGGUGAAAAUCCCUUCCUGAGUUCAACCAGCGUAGCAAGUCAAGAUGUCGGUAUGGCCAAUCUUCUCAAGGCAUGGUUCUUCGCCGGGGUGUUCACGGGCAGCUACAUGCAAUCUCAACAACAGGGUACGGGGCAAUGACCUCGGGAUCACCCAUACGACCAAUGAACGGCGACGAGUUGAUGACUAAAUCCAUUUCGAGCUUGAAUUCUAAAGGUGAAGACGAUCACAUGUGAUUUCGCUUCAACGUUCAAAGUGAACAUAACGUGAGUUCGUCUGUCGACAGUCACAGCUCCUCCCUAUGAUGCAGCGGAGCAUCGUAAGUAGAGUUAUAAAUUGUUAUUCAGCCGAGAAAGGAUUGGGUUGCAGGUCUGUCAACAAGAGUCUGGUUCUUUUUAAUUUUGCAGUUCUACGCGGUGAGGGCAUUAAUCAACAAGUUUGCUUUUGAAAAUUGAAGUAUGACAUGGUGGUGUACGCACCAAUCAACGAAAAACUUGCUUCUGCAGCUUUCCAAGUGUGGCGCAUCAAUCAUCCAUCAGUUCAUUUUUAUGACCGCUGACGUCUGACACGGUGAGUGCCUCGAUCAACAAGUUUCUUCUUCAAGUGAGUGCUCUGAUUUGUUUUUUUUUAAUCACAUUGAUUUGUAAAUCAUUCCUUAAGGUGCAGAUGUCCUGCAACGAUGCUUGUCGGGUUCAAGUGGUUGCGACGAUUAGCUCGGUUCUUGAGAGUGAAAGACAAGGAGAGGAUUGUGAAAUCAUGCGCGCGCGUUUAUGGAAAAGGCAAUUGAAGCCGUUCACAGGCGGGCUUGUCGGAUUCAAGUGAGACUGCAGCGACUACCUGGUUUCUAUAAGAGUAGGACGAGGAAUGACGUGUGUGUGCAGUUACGCAACAGGCAACGGGAGGUGGUGGGCCGAUUCCUGGUUGUCUCGGUGGAUGUGUUGCUUCCAGAGAAGAAAACUUCUGGAAGGGGAGUUGCAAAGGGUUUGUAAGAGAAAAGUGGUCGCGGGCUCAAAUCCUGCUACACCCAUGAACAGAUGGAACACACAGUCUGUCUGUCCAGCAGAGGUACAGCAAAGCUAAGCUGUAGUGCAGACAAAGGCGCUGUAGGGGAUGGUGUGAAAUCGCAGUGCAUAUGGAGGGUAAAUCGAUCUGCUUGCAUCAGCUAUCAGGAGAGAGGAGCGAUUCGGUCCAAGAAAGGAGGGGAGGACGAGAGACAGGAUUAUGGACAGAGAGUCGAGGGGAAUUGUGAACAAGUAGAGGAGUGAAACGUACAAGGACAGAGAUCACUUGUCAAUGUUGUCAUCCAUUGGCCAAGCGUUGUAGGAAAAGGGAGAGUGAAGGGAAGGAGGAGGAGGAGGAGGAGGGACAGCAGCAGAGGGACAAAGGGAGGGAUAGGGAAAGGGAUAGAGGGGCAGAUGGAGAAGGGGAGGGAACGAAAGCGGCGAAGGAGGGAAGGAGUCUUCGUGAAGGCAGGAAGAGAUUGAAAGAGGGAAGGAGGGAACGGGGGUGAAAGGGAGGGAGAGAGGGAGGGAGGGACUUAGCGAAGGAAGCAAGUGAAGGAGGGAAGGAACGAAGGAAGAAAGGGGAGAGAGCCAAUCCUGCUAGAGGGACUUGAGCGAAUCUCCUAUUGCCUUUUAGGUUGCAGUCAGCUCGUGUCGGUCACGAGGACAUUUCAGCGGGUGAGAUGCGUUUGCCUCGGGCAACCAUCUGUGUAGGAAAUCAUAGUGUUCGCCUGUUAAGCGAUUUUUUAUCUGUUCUUGAUCUCAGGCCGCACCACUCCCGUUCCCGGCGUCGGAGGCCAAUGGGCUUGUAGGAAUUCAAUUCAGAACUGUGGGUCUAAUACACCCCAACGAACUGGGAUAUUCUGUUGUAUUGUCGUAUUUGUCAGGUCUGAGGCCAAUGGGCUUGUAGGUUUGUCCAGCUGGAUAUCAACUGGUGAUCGUUGGAAGCGGUAGGUCGUUGCAGGUGGGGUGUCUAUCCCAAAAGUGUGACAGGUUUGUACCUAAGCAGAUUUCUUUCUUUUUUUUUUCAUUCUUUUUCUUCAUUUGUCUUUUUUCCUUUUCCUUCGAAAAAGGGCCACGGCCUUCAGAUAUGAUCAUCGAACGGACUGGCCGCAGAUUAUCGAGAAUGAUUUGAUU